UGUGUGUCGGAGUUUAAGUUGGCGUGGUAUUUUUGGGGGGGUUUAGCUCGUUUACAUUCACUCCUCUGUUUCUCCUGUCCUUUAGGGCUUUUCUCUCCCUCUUUUUAGCUCGGUAUAAAUCUCCUGCCAAACCCAAGAACGACAGAAAGUGCAAACUUUUUUUUUUAUUUUUUAAAAGCAGCCUUGGCGACAUGGACAUGAAAAAGAGGAUCCAUUUGGAGCUGAGAAACAGGACACCGUCGGAUGUGCAGGAACUGGUUCUGGAGAACUGCAGAUCGAACGAGGGGAAGAUCGAAGGUCUCACAGCGGAAUUCGUCAAUCUGGAAUAUUUGAGCUUGAUAAACGUGGGAUUGAUCUCUCUGUCCAACCUACCCAAACUCGCCAAGCUCAGAAAGUUGGAACUCAGUGAUAACAGAAUCUCCGGCGGUCUGGAGGUUUUAGCGGAGAAACUGCCGAACCUGACGCAUCUAGACCUGAGCGGAAACAAACUGAAGGACAUUAGCACGCUGGAGCCUCUGAAAAAACUGGACCACUUGAAGAGUCUCGAUCUGUUCAACUGUGAAGUGACCAAUCUGAACGGCUAUCGGGAGAGCGUCUUCAAACUGCUGCCUCAGCUCACUUACCUGGACGGAUACGACGCAGAGGACCGAGAAGCUUCCGACUCGGACGGAGAGGUGGACGGUGUGGACGAGGACGAAGACGAGGAGGGGGAGGAGGAAGAGGAGGAGGACGGUGAGGAGGAAGACUUUGAUGAGGAGGAGGAUGAAGACGAAGAUGAAGAUGAGGUAGAAGGAGAGGAAGACGAUGAAGUCAGUGGAGAAGAUGAGGAGGAAGACUUCGGUCAGGAUGGAGAGGUGGAUGAUGAAGAUGAGGAUGAUGAAGAUGAUGAAGAGGAAGAAGUUACGAAGGGAGAGAAAAGGAAGAGAGAAGCGGACGAAGAUGAGGAUGACGACGACGAUGAUGAAUAAAAUCCAAAUGGCCAAUCAGCUUCCUCUCCUCCUCCUGAACCCCACCCUCCUUUUUUUUACGCACUGACCUCAGUUGCCGCCCCCCCCCUUCCCGUCUGUAUUUCUUCCCCAGUGGGGAUGAGACUGUACCGCAUGGGCGGGGCAUGUGGAACCGAGAGAGAGCGCUAUUGGUCAGUCUACUCAUCAUUCCACAUGUUCAAAACUCCAAACCCUGCCCAUGUUCCACCCAAGCCCAGCCCCUUCCCCCGUGUGUGUGUGUGUGUGUGUGUGGACUUUUGGGAUCUAGUUUUGGGUCUGUGCUUUUAAUAUUUUGUUGGAGAACUGUUUAUUUUUUUUCUUAUUUGUUUUUCCCCAUAUUUUUAUUUUUUAUUUUUUUCCACUUUCUCAAUAAGAAUAUCGCUAUAGCAACCGUGUGACGAGCGAGCCAUCAUUUUUAGCGUGGCGGCUCGUCACGCACCUCAGUGUCACUGCUAAAUUUUUACUUUCUGUAAGACGAAGAAUACAAACUUUGUAAAUAAAAUGACAUUUUGUGC